GGUGAAAUUGUACUGACAAUUUCAAUGUUGUCGAAAGAAGAUAUUGAAGAAAACAAAAUAUGUUCGGCUAAUGAUCAAAUGAAUAAAAAAGGAAUUCUGUUAAUUGAAUUACAUGACACUGGCAUUGGCAUGAAUCCUGAAUUUAUACAACAUGCCUGGAAAAGUUUUUCACGAGGUGAUAUGUUAAUGACCAGGAAGCAAGAUGGUACUGGACUUGGUCUUUCAAUUUGUAAAAGCCUAGUAGAAAUUAAUGGAGGAGAAAUUAAAGCAGAAAGCCAGUUGGGAGAAGGAAGUAAAUUUUGGUUUACUUGGAACAUUGAACUAUUAUCAUCGAUGACACCAACUAUUACAAAAGUUCCAGCUUCCUUGUUAUUAGAGGCACAAUAUGAUAAGCAAAUUACCCAAUUUUAUAAGAAAAAAACGAAUAUUAAUAAUUCACCCAGUAUUAAAGUUGCCCAAACAUAUAAAGAAUUGCAUAAUCAAUCUGCUUAUGACAUAGCAUUCAUCGGUCUUUAUGAAGAUAAUGAAGAAGAG